AUGAUUCGACCGCAGAGAAUACCCAACAGGAUAUACCCGACGACAGAGAAGACCCGACCGCAGAAAAAAAAAUUAUUCGACCGCAGAAAAUACCCAAAAGAGAUUAUCCGACCGCAGAAAAUGCCCAACAGAAACAUCCGAUCACAGAGAAUACCCAACAGGAUAUACCCGACCGCAGAAAAUACCCGACAAGAUCUGCACAUACACACCCUCAAAGAACACCCAACCGCAGAGAAUACCCACAAUAAAGACCCGACCAGACCCGACCCGACCCGAAAACAGCCACAGCUUAUAAAAAUUGUAGAACAAGUAAGAGUAGCAAUUGUAGUUGAAGUAGCAGUAAUAAAAGUAUCAGCAGUAGUAAUAAAAGUAGAGUUAGAAGUAGAUUUAAUAGUAGCAGCAGUUGGAGCAAACAAUUGUACUGGUAGUCAUAGGAGUAACAAUAGAAACCUAAUCGCCCUCAACCCAGCCGUCCACAACUCCAGCCGACCUCAGACCCAGCCGCCCUCAGACCCAACCGCCCACAACCCCAGCCGUCCAGAACCCAGCCGCCCACAACCCCAGCCGUCCAAAGACCCAAGCCGCCCACAACCCCAGCCGACCUCAGACCCAACCGCCCACAACCCCAACCGCCCAGAACCCAGCCGCCCACAACCCCAGCCGCCCUCAGACCCAACCGCCAUCAGACCCAACCGCCCACAACCCCACCGACCUCAGACCCAACCGCCCACAACCCAGCCGCCCACAACCCCAACCGCCACAACUCCAGCCGCCCACAACCCAACCACCCACAACCCCAGCCGCCCUCAGACCCAGCCGCCCACAGAAACAGCUGAUUCGUAA